GUUUCGUGGGGAAGAUUUUUCUUUUGAUCCUAAAAUAUCCACAAGACCUGAGUCUGCUCGAGUGUCACAUCCCAAUGGACCUUUGAGUGACGUGAGACAGCUCCCAACAAAAAGAUUUCCAUUUAACGAUUGGCUUAGGGGUCGUUGUCACCUGCGCGGCUCCCUAGAUGGCUAGCAGCUACGUGUCGCACACUUUCAGACAAUCACCCUCUCAGAAAAAUUGCGCCUCCUUCUCCGCCCGACUCGAACCAAAGCUUUGGUUGCAGGAGAUAUUCUCCAGUCCCUUCAGUUCCCUUUUUUUAUCUCGAAGGCCGUUCUGGUUCAAUGGAUCGACCAUUCAGUAAUAUGUACCAUGCGCCUUCCGUUCCACUACAGAGUGAAGGGCGAAUUGAUCCACAUAAUUAUUGGUUGCAAUCCGCGGAUCGUAUCGCAAAUCAUGGAGCCCCUGAGUCAGCGCGAAGUAGUCGCAGCCACGGCGCAACAAAUCCUUCCGGUGUUGCUUCUGAUGCUCGUUACAGCAGUCCUGUUCUUGGGCGCUCCUUAAACCAUGCUCCCCAAUUUGUUCCUGUCAUCAGCUCUACAGUUACCCUGAUGCAUCCUUUAGCAAGACGACUUCCCUCGUUUCCUGCAUUUGCUCAGCCACUUCCAGUGGCAAUUCCUGUAUUCCAAAAAUCUAAAGAAAUUCCCAUGAGUCGUCCGAUGCGCUGGACCGCCAAUCAGCGAAGAUACACUCACUUUCCAUCUGAUCCAGUCUCUGAAGCUGUCCGCACAACUCAAUCGCAACGCCCCACCGAAUUCCUCGGUCACGCCAUGCCCACGUCCCCAAUUUGGUCUCGAUUCGUGAAAGAAUCUGCGGCGAACACUGGCGCGGAGAACCGUAUUUCUCCAUCCCUUUUGCCAACCCCUCGAAAAUCUUCGGACCACAAGGAUGUGUAUAAUGAAAAACUUGUCAAUUUUGCUGCGAACUCAUAUAGGUACUCGCCACUCCCAUCGCUUAUGGUAGGGAUAGAACGAGGAAUGAGAGGAAGGAUCGCCAGCUCUCAGCAGACAAUCCCGAAUGAGAAUGAUCAACGUUUCCUGGCCUCCACUUACUCUGGUCAAGAACCAUUUACCCCUGUCGGACUCAAGGCUCAGUCUUCCUUAACAAAUGAAAUUCUCAGGCCCUCCGAUGUGGAACUCCCCACUGCUCUACCAAACCCUGUCCAACCAAGGAGGGACCGUGAUCACUUUGCAACACAAAGUAUUCAUCAUUCUCUACCAAUCACAAAGUUAUCACCCCCUCGACUCCGAGUCCGGGAAAUUGCAGUCGAGGAUCCCAUCAAAGUCAAGCCAUGCAUCUCUUUACUUGAAUCCGAAAGGGCCGUUCAAACCGGGAGUUUCUCUGCUCGGUCCCCCAUACUUCACAAUCUCAAAACCCCAACCAAAGGCCAAGUCAGCGGCGGCACCAAUUGCCGAAACGUUCCUCCAUCUACGGAUGCUCAGAAGGAUGCCCAAGGAAGUCAGGCUUCCAACGAUACCAUUGGGUCUUGGUCGCUCGAUGACGACGUUCUAAGCUAUUUAAAACAGAAAUGA